AUGACUGUAGUCUUUUCCCGAGCAUGCGGCUGCCCCCCGAAAUUUAAGAUCUCGGAGUUCAAGACCUACGAAGGCACGACAGAUCCGCGACACCACCUCCGCCAUUACCGAGGGAAGAUGCUACAGUAUUGGGGGUACGAGGAGUUCGUCAUCCACUCCUUCCAAGACAGCCUCUCGGGAACCGCUCUCGAUUGGUUUAUGUCACUAAAGGCCGAAGACAUUCCAACGUGGGCAGACCUUUCCCGGAAGUUCAUCGACCAAUAUCAGUAUUGCGCCGAAGCACCUCCCACCCUCUUGGAAUUAAGCACAAAGGAGAUGGCGCGGGGCCAAAUGUUCGAGGAAUACAUUCGACCGAUAUCCCCAGGCUCGAAUUUUGACCCGUCCAUUCAGGAUCAAUUUAAACGCUGCGAGUAUCAUCAAGGCGGGCCGGGGCACACUCUCGAUAAUUGUUGGAGGUUGCGAGACGAGAUCCAAAAGAGGAUCGACAGCAACAGGCUCACCUUCAAUGCCGUCAAGCCCCCGAAUGUGCAGGACAACCCCCUCCCGGACCAUAGGCCGAGUUCGGGGCCUUCCAUCAACAUGAUCUCCAUAUGCGCCUCGGGGAGGGACGAAGACGCACGAGACAACCCCCUUCCCUUCGUGAUCGACUAUACUCCCGAGGAACCCACGGUCGGAUUAGCGGGACGCAUGGCCUCACCAGCUCCAUUCGUCGUAGAUAUCCCCGCGCGAGAACCGUACGCAGACAGCAAGGUCCCCUGGACCUAUGAAGGAAGUGUCGGGAGUGUCGAGCAGCAGUUUAGUGUCAUGGGUAUGACACGUUCGGGGCGGGUGUACGAGAACCCGGCAGCCAAGGACAAAGGGAAGGCGCCCGCCACUGAAGUUAGGGCAGUGCCUGAAAGCUCGCCUUUCCCGUCCAAGAGGGUAACCAAAGAGGAAGCUGAAGCAUUCAUGAAGAUCAUAAAGGCCCUCCUCCGGGUGCUGACCGCGGCACAGAUCCCGAAGGAAAUGCCCCCUGAUAGGAUAGAGGAGACCGUCGGUUCCAUCUUCUCCAAUACCAUCUCGUUCUCGGACGACGAGCUCCCGUCCGAAGGCUGGUCACAUUCGUGGGCAUUGCAUAUUGUCUGCAAAUGCAAUAACUACAUCAUCGGCCGGGUCAUGAUCGAUAACGGUUCCGCACUUAACAUUUGCCCGGUAACCACCUUGAAGCAGAUGAAUGUGGACCUCAACCGAGUCCGCCUGAGCAAAACAGCGGUCCGAGCCUUCGACGGCUCACGGAGGGAGGAGAAGCUCAUCACGGUGAAAGGAGAGGAGGACUACGCCAUCUACAAGGAGACGGCGGUGCCCUACAUCAGCAUCGGCGAUGAUGAAAACCUCCCAUUCCAUUCGUUCGAAACCAUCUCCGUCAUCCGGGACUACGGAGAGAUUGGACCAUCCCGCACCGACCGCAUGAUAGGGAAGGUGCUUUUGCGCAACAACUAUGUUCCCGGCACCGGCCUCGGGGCACGCGGACUAAGGGAUCAGCCGCCCAAUCAAAAUUGA